CCCAAAAGAUAGUCAGUAACAGUAUCUCUGUUUCUAUUAUUGUUUCAUGGCAAGACUAUAUAUGUGGUUUGAUAAAUAGUGUGUAAUUGUGUAAUGGACAUUUGGUCUCUAAUAUGUAUUUUAAAUAUAAGCUUGAGGUAUACGUGCAGGUUCUCUUAAACAAAAGAGUUUUAAUCGGCUUUCUUCUUGGAGUCUAAAGGAGGUGACAUAAAAAGGAAGUAGGGUAUUGUGUUAACAAGGUCAUGAGGAUGAAAAUUCAAUGCUGUACACAAAUCUUUUUCUAUGUUUCUUCAUUGGAUGAAGUUGAAGUUGUAGAAACAAGUGUAUUUGGUGGUAAAAAACUAGUAUGUGUGUAUUGGAAUUGGAGAGAUUUCACCCUAUCUCCGCCGGGAUGGAUUUCAGAUGUCUUCCUUCUUGCCGCAGCUCCUUGUCCCAGACUGGCAUACUGUGAAGCUGAGAUUGCACUAAAUUAGCACAUCUGCUUGCAGCCAUGAGGCCAUUGUAACACACCAGAUUAUUGAAUUAAAAAGCCUUUGUUUUACUCUUUGAGUAAUUCAUUAAAAUAGUGUGAUGCUAUUUUAACCAAAUUUCCUAAUGAAAUAUCUCUAAAGUUGGCUACUUUUGAGUGCGUGUUAGGAGUCUAAUUUUAUACAUUAGUAGUGAUUAUUAAUGUGUAAAAGAAGAUAAAAGCCCCAAGUUAAGAUAAGAGUGUGUCAUAUCUCUUAACACCAACUUGGUUUAUCCCUUCACUU